AUGGACCUGCCUGCAGACCUCCCUCUCUAUUCUUUAACUGGCAUGGGAAAGGUUGGAAGGAGACCAAAGCAGGUGUCUUGUAGUCAAUCGCAGGCCACUCUGCUGAGCAUCUUCUCCCAGGAGUACCAGAAACAUAUUAAAAGAACACAUGCCAAACAUCAUACUUUGGAAGCAAUUGAAAGUUAUUACCAGAGGUACCUGAAUGGAGUGGUGAAAAAUGGAGCUGCCCCAGUGCUGCUGGAGCUGGCCAAUGAGGUGCAUAUGGAGAAGGUGCUGCCGUUUCCUCUGCUGGCAUUUAUGGAUAACAUAAAAGAAUGUGUCUGCUAUUACGAUCUGGUGACUGAGUGGCAGAUCAGAGUACAACCAGAGAAGGUGACCAAAUCCUCCAAGUCUGUUAUAAACAGUAUGCUACGGGACCCUUCUCAGAUUCCAGAUGGAGUUCUAGCAAAUCAGGUCUAUCAGUGCAUUGUGAAUGACUGUUGUUAUGGACCACUGGUGGACUGCAUCAAACAUGCCAUUGGUCAUGAGCAUGAAGUCCUGCUGAGAGACUUGCUUCUAGAGAAAAACCUGUCCUUCUUAGAUGAAGAUCAGCUCCGUGCAAAGGGUUAUGACAAAACACCAGACUUCAUUUUACAAGUACCAGUUGCUGUAGAAGGGCACAUAAUUCACUGGAUUGAAAGCAAAGCCUCAUUUGGUGAUGAAUGUAGCCACCACGCCUACCUGCAUGACCAGUUCUGGAGCUACUGGAAUAGAUUUGGGCCGGGCUUAGUCAUCUAUUGGUACGGAUUUAUCCAGGAGCUGGACUGCAACCGGGAGAGGGGCAUCCUGCUCAAAGCCUGUUUCCCCACGGACAUUGUCACCUUAUGCCAUAGCGUAGCUUGACCCUGAAGAUCCUGGAAGAGAAGCUGGGAGGAAAAGGUGAAUCCGGAAGCAAUUUUACUUUCCUGCAGUGUAAACUCCUGGCAGCAUCUGCCCUGAACUUCAGCUGAACUCUUGUUGCCCGUGGUCACACCACUGCCUCUUUAGACAAACAUAUCAAGAGUUUCUGUUUUCCUUCAUCCCUUGCUGAUGUGAACAGCCAAGAACUACAGACACAACCCACUCAUUAUCAGCAUUUCUGUCUCUGUCAAACAGUUAGUUUAUAGAUAGUCAUAAUCUUUCUUCCUUCCGGAUGGUUUCUCCUUGUAUACUGAACAAAAGAAAAAAUGUGGAGACUGAAAGGUGUGAUUUUUCAAUUCUCCUCCCAGUUACCGAAUCGCCCUUUUUAUUUUUUUUCUGAGCCUCCAUUCAUUCUCUCUCCCUCCCCUUUUCUCCUCACAUGUACUCACAGAUACCCAGUGUUACAUUCUCAUCGUGGAACAAUCUAGCACAAACCUAGAAAAGCUGAAGACACAAAGUCUGAAGCUAAAUUGUUGCUCUCACCUGCAGGGCUCCAGUGGACCUGGAUGGCAGCCUGUGCUUAGUGCCUGUUUUGUCUGGUCUUUAUGAUUUCCUGACUUCUGUGGCAUUAAGCCAAGCUGCAAAAGUACACUUGAUGAGAAUUUCCUCUUUUUCUAAUGCUUAUUUGAACACCAAACAUUUUACAUUUAUCUCAUUUAAAAGAAUUAGUUACAAUGUGUCUGUAAACCACACUCCUUCUUUGCAUUGGGGGCAGAGGAGAGAGGAUUGAAGCUAAGUGCCAGCGCUGAUGAGAGUUUAUUUUUAAACCAGGCUAGUUGUCAUUAUGAGGGUACUUUGAAAAGUUCAUAGAAAAAUAGAACUGAAAGAUAAUAUGAACCUUUCCACUGACUUUUUGAAGUACCCUUGUAUAUACGUUAGCCAGUAUUUUUAUGAGUAAAAAUUUUUUACAUUCUCAUUCUAUACACUGCUUUGUAUCCGUAUUUUAUACCACAUAAUUAUAUAACACUCACAUAAUUUAGGCAUUAGCAGUGUUCAGCUUUGAAUGAAUUAAGUGUACCAGAAAUAAACCUAAAGCAAUUUUUAAAUAAGCAAAAUAAAAGAGAUUUCAUAUUUGUUCACUUUAAUUUAUUCACUUUUAUAUACUGCAGACGAGAUUUCAGUCUGAAGCGAAAACAUCAAUAAAUUAAUUAUAAGCCUGUCUUUUGGGAAAUUAAAAAUUAAUCUGUACCCAAAAAUGUAUUUAGUAAAAUCUUUGCUCCCCAUACUGACAAAACAUAAUAACUUUUAUAAUGUUGAAUAAGUGAUUUUGGAUAUAUUAAUGAAAAUGUUACUUUUGCAAAACACCUUGAAGUUAUAUACUUACUUCGCUUGGUUCUUUCAAAAGACUAAAUAUGUCAUUUGUAUUUUGUUCAUUUUAUACGUAAGAAGAUUUGCAAAAAUCUGCCUGCUGCUUUUCCUUUCAAAGGACACAAACAUGUUGGGUCUGUGAUGGAUUUUAACUCUGUAGUGGGCUGCAUUAAAUCAAAAGAAAGAGGAAGAAGCUGAAAUGGUAAAUAAAUGUCAGGAAAACUUCUGUUUCAACAUAAAAUUCAUCACGCAGGUUUUGUGAGUAAAAUAGAAUGGUUUGAAAUACUACUGUGUUGCCCAAUACACACACACAUGUACACAUACACACUUUAAACAGAAACGUUGUUAGAAGCAGGUUUUAUGGCAUGCUCUAAACUGCUUUUUUUCUUUAGGAAUAAAUUACAUUUAUCUGCACAGAUGUUAAAAAUCCUGUUAAACCCUUGUCAAGAAUUUGUUAGUUUUACAUUAAACAAAUUUAUGAUGAGCGUGCACAAAUAAAUUAAAAAAUAAAAAAGG